GUCACGAAAUGCCCCAUUGUCCCUAGACCAAUUUAAUUAUUGUUGAUUGUAUUGCAGGAACCAUGCUCAUGCUAUCAUUAAAAGUCAGGUAAUAAUACGGUAUUACAAUUUUGACGAAAACACGAUGUUUCAGUCGAACAUAAAUACUGGGUGCAUGGAAAAAACGCAUACUGUUUCCAAGAUGUUUCUGGCAUAUUCAGAUAUGAUCUUAUUGCUCUUUAUUUCUGGAGUUAGUAAUUAAAAAAUCUUAACCUAAUUGACUUCCUAAAGGUUGAAGAUUGACAACAAUAACAACUACAUAACACAACCUGAAUUCCUACUGAUAGAAACUAUAAAUUAAAUGCCCGAGAAAAAUAAUUAUUGCUGCACUUUGCCCCCAACAUCAAAGCAUAUCAAUCUUCUAAUCUCUCAAAAUUCAUUAUUGUUAUGCCGACUCACUAAAAUUUCAGUACAGUAAAGUCAUAGUCCAUCGUCAAAAUAACUGAAAUUAAUAAUAAAUUACAGUCUUUAUUGGUUUAACAACACAAGAUUUCCAAUUUGUGACGUAAUUCAUGGUCAAACUGCGAGAUUGGUUAAUAGCUGGUGUUGGAGAGUUAAAAUAAAUUUUAGUUAGCCAAACUACUUUGACUAUCUAUUAUUGGCACUCGAAGUAGGUCCUCUGAAAAAAUAUAAAACGAGUGUUAAAAAAUAAAGUAUAUAGUGUAACAGUGAUAAUAUUAAAAAAUGACUUCUCCUGAAAAAAACAAUCUUCAUCAUUUGAAAGUAAUUUUGAAAUCACUCUCUAAACAUCAAGCUCUAGUGUUAAAUGAAAAUGUUGAAUCAACCAGUGACUACAGUGUCAAUACUAUUGCAAAAUUGGACUCACCGAUAAUAACAAAUCUUCAACAGCAAUUUUCAAGCAACCAGCAACUUUUACUGAAAAGCAUUUGGACUCCGAAUAGUGUUAAAAUAGUUAACAAUUCAUGUGUUUUCGCCAAAAAUCCCACCACGAAAAUCUUACCGCCAGCCUUUGAUGGCCUAAUGUUUAUAUUUGCUUUGAGUGACAACAAAUUCAGACAAAAACAUUUUGAGCAUUUAGUGCAGUAUUAUUUUGAUUGUUUGAAGGAUGAUUUAGAAAAUAAAAAAAUUGUAAGUAAAUUUUUUUCAGAAACUCAAGUGAGAAUUUUGCUUCCCAUAGUCAAAUUUGAAUUAUUAGCAAUUGAAACUAAUAAUAAGCAAUUAGCGACCAAUAUUGAUUAUUAUUUGAAAUACCCAUUAUUAAAUCAGGAAGAUAUUUAUGUGGUAAUUAAAAACUACUUAGGGACUACCGAUUAUGAUUUGAAUGAUUAUCAACUGAUAGAGUUAAAAGAAACUAAUGGGCACUUGGGAGAAUAUUAUCAUUUAAGAAUCAAAAUAACUCACAAUAGACAACCAAAAGAAAUUGAAUUAUUUGCCAAGUUUUUGAUAAUUAAAGCAGAAAUAUUGCGUAAAGUGUUGGAAAAUGGUCCAGGAAAACGUGAAGACUUUUUCUAUAACACAUUAUAUCCUUUAUAUAUUGAACAUGGACUUCAAGAUAUUCUAGAUUUUGCUCCUAAAUGCUAUUUGAGUCGGAUAAGUUGGCUUAUAGUACUUGAUGAUCUUACUAAAACAGAUUUCAUAAGCUUUAAACCCAAUGUGUUGUUGGAUUUCAAUGGAUUAAGUUGCUUAGUAGAAAAAUUAGCCAAAUUCCAUUCGACUACAUUAAUACUAGAAGAAAUUUUAACCAAAAAAUCUGGCAAAACUUUUAGACUCGAUGAUUUAUAUGAUGAAUAUUUUGAUGACGUUUUGCUAAGUUAUAAUAGCAAUAAUCCAACAUGUGCUUUGUAUGAUAAAAACCUUGAACGUCUCUAUUAUGUGGCUGAAAAAUUCCCAGAAAUUAUCUCUAGCUUGAAAUUAUCAUCUGAAGACUUAAAUAAGGCUUUAAAGGAUAUUUAUUGGAAUUUAUUCUGCCAAUUGAAACCUGAGAAUUGCAAAUUAAGGAGCAUUGUGAAUCACGGAGACACUUACAUAUCAAAUUUUUUAUUCAAAUACGAUAAUAACGAUAAAAAUAUUAUAAAAGAAGCUAUUUUAAUAGAUUUUCAAUUAUUACGCUACAUGCCCCCAGGAUAUGAAUUAUUAUUUGCCCUCAUAUCAAGUUCCUCCAAAACCACAAGAGAUAAAUAUUUACAAAGAUUAAUUGAAGAAUACUACAACAAUAUUUCAAAAUACCUGAAACACUUCAACAUUGACCCAGAAGAAGUUUUUCCUGAAAAGUUAUUCAUGGAAAACAUCAAAAAAGCUUAUCCGGCAGCUCUGACGCAAUCCUUCAACUAUGGCCUCUUUAUUCAUAUUGAUCCAGAUUUUCGAGAAGAAAUCAUGCACGACCAAUAUAAACUGAAGUACUAUUUGGAAGAUCAUAAAAGUGCAAUAAUUGAUAAGUUUUGGAAUGAUGAUCAUUAUAGAAGCGUUUUGAAGGGUUUUAUUGAGGAUUUUGUUGAGCUUAUUAGAAAAGGAUGUUGAAAGAAUUUGAAUUAUUAUUUGCCUUCUUAUAAAUAAAUUAAUUAUAAUUUUUGUGUUUGAUUAUACCAUGACCAUAAGAUUUGAAACAAUAAUAAAUUCUACUUGUUUUUUAUUAGAUAUCAAUAAUUGAAUUUUAUUUAUGUUCGAAUUUGUAGAAUCGAUGAAGUUGGGUUGGGUGGAAGAAUUUUUCCUCAGUUUUACUAAAAGCUAGGUAUUUGAUAAUUGAAAGUUGAAGUUUCACCUAAAAUUAAGGUUUCUCGCUAGUAGAAAACGCAUUCUGGAUAGAUUAGAUUGGCCAAGAAAUGAAGGUUUCAAGAUUGUGGUAAGUCUUCAAUGUAGACAUUCUGUAUGUCCGUUAUUGUUAAAUCAAUAUAAUUUGCAUUUUGAUAGGUUUAACAAACCUAAUCCAAAGUAAAUUAUUUAAUUUUUAUAAAGAAUCAUUGAUUGAUAAUUCUUCAGGAUUGUAUUGUAAUUUAUCGAAAAAUAUUAACUCUAGAUCAAUAAAUUAAUGCUAAUUUUAUUUUAAUACAAUAACAUGUUUUAUAGUAAUUAUUACCUAUUUAUACACAAAUAUUGCACAUAUAGAGCUUGCUUAGGUACAUAUUUAAUAACACCGAUUAGAUAAUAUGUCCUAGAAAUGUGAAAUGCUUUUGUUGAAAAAUCAUCAAAAAGACAACAGCUAGAUAAUUCGGGGUUUUAUUGGAAGAGUCCAGUGAGGC